AUGCCUGUACAAACCAGCCCGCCGUCCUUUCCGGACUCGUUCCCGUCAUUCAUGUCCGUCUACGGUGGUCUGCCGCACCGAUACAAGGAGGAAGAGAACGUGAUCCACCCCCUUCAGGUUCCAGCGCAUGUGCCGGUUAAUACCUCAACGCGACGCCUGUUGCCUUCACCCAACCCCCACCGUGAGAGUGUCUCAUCGAUGACCUCGGGCUCCACUGAAUCCUCGCCCACCACCACCAUCUCACCAUUCGAUUCCCCAUCGAGAGGGGACAUCUCUCCAAGCUCCUCACCGGAGUCUCCAUCGGCCAUGCCCCUUUCAUACCCCAAGUUCACACCACCUGUUCGCCCUCUAGACGUGGCUCCGCGGUCCAUGAUAUCGACCGACAGUUCCCGUUUAGCGACCACGCCAAACAUGGCACGCUCCGAUUCUAGUACCAAACGCGCGCGCAACCUGAAGAACCUCUCCUUGCGAGUUCCCUCUCCCUCGCAAUCACGACCACCCAUUGCAACCGCCUCGGUCAUGGAGACAUCAUGUAGCCACCACCUUUCGUCCCCACCAUCCCCCAUCCAGAUCCCGCCGAAGACCAGCCGGCGACGCCCUGCCAAUUUGACCAUCCAAACGCCCGCUUUCGACAAGUCCUUCUCAGAGAGAGGCUCCGAUCUCGUUCCUCCGACGCCACUCGGCCGACAGUCCUUGCGACAUGCAGAAUCCUCGCCUUCUCUUGCGUCGAUCGCAUCGCCCGGCUUUGCUCCGCGGGGAGGCAUGCAGCUCCCACGGCCGAUGUCGCAUCACGGUGCGCAUCGCUUGUCGGGGGCUUCUUCUGAGGAUACGACAUCUCCGAUGACCUCUAUGCCAGAUGAUGGCUCUUCAUUCUCGCGUCGAGUUCUCCACGGCUUGGAAGAGGAGGACGACCACCUUGACUCUCGAGAGUCAACUCGCAAGUCUUCACGUGGCUAUCCGGAUGGACCUAUUCGGAUCCACGAUUCUGGAGUGUAUCUGUACCUGGAGCCCACCGCCGAAGAGGCCGCCAAAUUUGAUGUGGUGAUCAACGUGGCCAAGGAGGUUUCCAACCCGUUCGACAGCGAGAAGGGAGCCGAGCGGAACGACACGGUCAUGAGCGCUUGGCGCAAUGCUUCAAAGCGAUUCUCCAACGGGGACCCCCAGACUGCCAUGUCUGAGAUCUCGUUUAAAUCCGCCUUCGAAUAUCAACCAUCCGAAUCUGAAUCAGCAACACCGACUACUCCCACCCCGAAUUCAAUCUCAACGCCCGAGUAUCUUCACGUUAGCUGGGAUCACAACUCUGAGAUUUUGGAUGAUCUGCUGCCUUUGUGCGAGCUUAUCGACGAUCGUAUCGAUCAGCGCAAGAAGGUUCUCGUUCAUUGCCAGCUUGGUGCCAGCCGCUCUGCUUCAUUGGUUAUCGCCUAUGGUCUGUACAAGAAUCGCCACAUGGACUUCAACUCUAUGUAUGAGCAGGUCAAGGCACGCAGCCAGUGGGUUGGCCCGAACAUGAGUCUCAUCUACCAGCUUACGGAUUUCCGAUCUCGACUUCUACGAGGUGCUUCAUCCAAGCCCGCUCCUCAGGAAUGGUUCGUUCAGACUGGCCGACGAAGCUCUGAGCCUCAGGUCACCAGGGCUGAACGAGAGGAGGCGGCAGCGCGUGCUCGAGCUCCUGCUCGGGGCCUUGCGCAAGCACCAUCAAUGGGCUGUCUGAACUUGCCAUCUACGAGUCCAGUUCGGCCUAAGACGAGCGACAAUGGGAACAAAUCUCCCAAGCGCAGUCUUUCUCCUCGGCCAUUGCCAUUCCGUCAGAAGUUUCAAUCCAUCGAGCCUGCAGCUGGCCGCCCGCGAGGUUUGCCUCGCAGUGUUAGCAGCUGCGAUCCCCUCGUUCAGACUCACGUCUUUGUCCGUGAUGCUCCUGAACAAGGGCCGGGUGGAUUGUUCUCGCCGAGAACCUCUGGGUUCAUGGUCCCUCCUGUUCCGCCGAUACCACCAAUGCACGUGAACAUUGAUCGUGCUGCUACGGCAUCCCCUCCUCCAGCUGUGGCGUCUUCCAAUCCUGUGCAAUAUGCGAAUCAAACGGCCGAUCCUCGCUCGCCCCCGACGGGCGGCGAGCUUCUGAUCAUGAGGAACAUUGAUGAGUUCCUAUAA